CACACGAAGGAAGAACAUCUCAAAUAUUUUAACGAAUCGUACUGUCGGCACAGAUUAAUUAUCUUACUUUUAUUUUCACUGUUAAGUACAUAUUUCCUUCUUAAGGACAACAGCUAAAAGAAUUACUUCACUUCUCGUAUGUAUUAUGUGUUAUAGUCUAUCUAUGAGGAUGAAAAAGGAGGCGUUCAUCUGUGUGAUUCUCACAAUUAUUCUCAGUGCCAAUGGACAAGUAUGCCCACCUGGAUGGGUUGAUGGUCCUAUGGGUAAGAAGUGCUACUUUUUUGCUGAUAACCACAAAAGAAAUUGGUUUGAAGCUAAAUAUGUAUGUAAUUCUAUGCGGGCACAGUUGUUGUCAAUUGAGGACUCUCUUGAGAUGUCGUGGAUUAAACAAGAACUGGGUAGAGUUAAGGCAAAGGCAACCGGUACUCCAGAAUGGUGGACAAGUUUACAAAAGAAUGAAACAGUCUGGAACUGGAGCAAUAAUAUUGCAUUAGAUGACACUAUUGUUCGCUGGGGUUCAGGUGAACCCAAUAAUCAUAUGAACAAGGAACAUUGUGCAGAAAUCUGUUGUCCACAUUAUUUAAAUGAUAUCAAUUGUGAAAAAAGGAUCAACUAUAUUUGUGAACUUGAUAAAGAGACAAAUCCUUUGACAUGUGAUGCAGAUAACGGAUGGGAGUACCACCAGGGAUCAUGUUAUAAAUUUGUACAAAAAUUCAAAACAUGGAACGAGUCUGAAUCAGACUGUAAAGCUUUAGACUCUAACCUGGCUGCUGUUGCAGAUAUUGGUCCCCUGCAUGCAGUUUCUACAAUAGCUAGCUUCCAACAGUUUGAUUCAUGGGUUGGAAUUAUAAGGAAUUACAGGACAUACUUCUAUACAAAUUCCUCUGAAGCCAUUGGAAUUGAAAGUUAUAUACAGCCUAGUAAAACAUCUGACAAUUUCAACCCUGCCUGUUUGAAUAUAAACAGUACAGUUAAAGACGCAGCAAAAGGCUUGUACCCUGAUCGCUGUACAACUCCUAAACCAUACAUCUGUCAAAAACCAGAAGGACUUUGUAGACCUGGAUAUCAACAACAUCAGUCAAUGUGUUACUAUACGUCAUACUCAGAACACAACAGGUCUCGUGCUGAAACACUUUGUCAAGCCAUGAAAAUGUCAGUGGUAGACAUAACUAGUGAUAGUAAAUCAUCCUAUCUGGUCAAUUUGUUAAAGAGGAAAGGGGAUAUUGGUGAAAUAUGGAUUGGAUUGAAAAAACAGAGUUCUAAUAACUGGUACUGGCCUAGCACAGGCGAUGUUCCAUCAUCAAAAUACUGGACAUACAUAUCUCCAAAUAGCAAUGAAACCAUGUAUGAUUGUGUUUACAUGAAUGUUGGAGAUGAUGGUAGAUGGAAUAGAAACUUGCCAUGUAAUAGAACACUACGAGUUGUAUGUGAGGUACCUGCUACAACAAGUUUCACAACUACAACAGUGGCACCACCUACUACUACUACAACUCCAGCUCCGGCAACAACAUCUACAACAACUAUGAAAUCAACAGCUAUGACCAAGCCAGGGGUUUCAAUUGCUGUACCAGAAGUACCAUGUAGAUUGGAAUGGUGUGAAGACCUGUUUGAUCAAGCAAAAGAAUUUGAGAAGAAAAGCCCCACAAUGAUUCAAGCUGCCAAACGUUUUUCUGAAGCCCCACAUUGUAUCACUGUUAGAACAAGAGUGAAGUGUCUACAAGCGCAGCAUGAUCAGUGCAAACAGCAUUUUAAUUACAAAACUCAAGUUGUUGGUCUGUCUCAGAUCAUGGAUGCAUUAGGAUGUUCAAACAGUACAUCUGCUGCUGUGUUUGAUGCUACAACAAUGGUCGCCCAAGAGUGUAUAAUGGAUCAGAUGGGUAAGGGUUACAGAGGAACUAUUAGUGUAACCAACACAGGUCGUACAUGCCAGGCUUGGUCAUCACUAGUCCCUCAUAAGCAUAGCUAUAGCGAUCAACUAUUGGAUCAGAAGAACUAUUGUCGUAACGCAGAUGAUGAGCCAUAUGGUCCCUGGUGCUAUACAACUGAUGUAAACCAAAGAUGGGAGUAUUGUGAUAUACCGUAUUGUGCUGGAGCAGUUACACCGGCCAUCACCAUCACUUCUACUUCUACAACAACUACAGUUGUGACAACUGCGGCUAAGACAUGGAGUAAAAAUUGUGGGUUAUUUUGGGAAGAUUCACCUAUCCCUGAUGUUUGUUAUCAUUUUGAUAAUCGGUUAUCAAGCUGGAUGGAAGCAAGAACUAAAUGUCAAAUGAUGGGUGGAAAGCUAGUUAGUAUAACAUCAACUCAUGAACAGCUUUACCUUGCUGGACGAUUGCAGAAUAGAAAUUUCGGGUCAAUGUGGAUAGGUGCCAAUUGUCGGGGAACAGAUGAAGGCUGGAGAUGGUCUGAUGGUUCACCAUUCUCCUUUCUGCACUGGAUGCAAGAUCAGCCUGAUGGUCUUGAUAAUGGUGAAGACUGUGUUUCUAUGGAUACUAAAUUAGGACAAUGGGAAGAUAAGGCAUGUGAUGUCAAACAAGGAUUUGUAUGUAGAAAGACAGUUGCUGGACCAACACUGCCACCAAUUCCCCCAACAUCACCUGUAAUAGGAAAAGGUCAAACCUAUGGUUGUCCAGAUGGAUGGGUUAGUUAUAGAUCAAGUUGCUAUUUGAUUGUUAGAAAAAAAACUACAUGGAAUGUCGCCAGAUCUCUUUGUAGGAAGAACGGCUCUGAUUUAGCUUCCAUUGCAGAAGAAGGAGAACAGGAUUUUAUAACGAGCCAAAUCCCUAAAACUCAUUGUUACAACAUGCAUUCUAAUGAUACUCAGUGUGAUAAAUGGAGAGAUCAAGGCGAAUGUCAGAAGAACCCAGUAUGGAUGGCAAGGUCGUGUCAUAAGAGCUGUAAUUACUGUAUACGGGAUUGUAAAAAUAUCCAUUAUUCUGUGGAGUGUGACCACUGGGCUAGUGUUGGUGAAUGUUACAAAAACCCAUCUUAUAUGUUGAAGAAUUGUCCAUUGUCUUGUGGAAUCUGUGAUUCAGCCAUCUAUGGUGGAUUAUGGAUUGGAUUUAGUGACACUGGAUUCCAGAUGAAUUUUAAGUGGUCAGAUGAUAGCAUUGUCAAAUAUACAAAGUGGGCUAAAACUGAACCCAACAAUUGGAAUGGAGAGACAAGGGAGGAUUGUGUUAUUAUGCUUCUGAAGAAUGGUAAAUGGAAUGAUGUUCCUUGUGAAAUGGCCAAUGCAGGAUUUAUUUGUAAGAAGAGGAAGCAAGUUUUAAAUGAAGUUACACAGUCACCACUAGCUAUAGGUUGCGUCAAUAAUACCAUUGGUUAUGAUGCUUACUGCUAUGGAAUCAAUGAUGAAACCACCGACUGGGCAACAGCAGAGAGUGUUUGUGCUCAAGUUCAAUAUGGGCAUCUGGCAACUAUAAACAAUGUGUACACCCAGUUGUUUUUAGCCAGUCAGAUAGCUGGUAAAUCUGGACACUAUUGGGUUGGUCUUACCCAGGAUGUGAACUCGGGUGCCAUGGUGUCUUGGACUAGUGGUCUUCCAGUAUCAUAUACAGCUUGGUCCAGGAGUCAUACAGGGAGUAUUGAUGAAGAUGCUAUGUGUGUUGCCAUGACAGCAACCCAUCCUAUAGGAUUAUGGGAAACGAAAAACUGUUCAUUUAACCAGUCUUACAUUUGUGAAUAUCCCAGAGAAGGUUACACUACACCUACAACUACUACUACCACAAUAGCACCUGUAUUCUGUCCUUCAACUUGGUUAGAGUUUAAUGGUUAUUGUUACAAGAAUAUUAAUGGGAAUGGAGCAAAAAGAACUUGGAUGAAAAGCCGUGACUUCUGUCAGGAGAGAGGAGCUGAUUUAGCCAGUAUUCACAGUAGUGAAGAAAGUGACUUUUUGAAAAACAGAAUGAUUGGUUACCGUGACUAUGGUGACGUAUGGGUUGGUUUAAAUGAUAGAGAUUCAGAAAAUGGUUUUGAGUGGUCUGAUGGAUCCCCAGUCGACUUCAUGAUGUGGGGACCAAAUGAACCAAACGAUAAAUAUCAACAAGAAGAUUGUGGUAUGCUGAAUAGAUAUAGCGAUGGAUGGAAUGACGAUAAUUGUUACAAAACUAAAAAUUUUGUUUGCAAAAUUCAAAAAGGGAUGCCUUUGAUAGAACCAAAUGACACAUACACUAUAGAAUAUUGUGAUAGUGAAAAUGAUUGGCUAUAUUUUGAUGGCUAUUGUUACUUCAUAAAAAAAUAUGAUUCAAAGACUUUCAAAGAGGCGUCAGGGAUCUGUUAUGGAAAAAAAUCCAGCUUACUCAGCAUACAUUCUCAGCAUGAAAGUAAUUGGUUAUUAGAACAAAUUCAUCAAAAGUCUGACAUGUGGAUUGGUCUGAAUAAGUUGAAUCGUCAGUAUGAAGGCUACAGAUGGUCUGAUAAUUCCCCAGUAGACUUUAUAUUAUGGGGCUCAGGCAAACCAAGUUAUCCAGCUGUCAACAAGUGUGUCAAAGUUCAGUCUGGUUCAGGUCGUUGGGAGGACUUCAACUGUAACAGACGUAUAGGAGGUUAUAUUUGCAAGAGAAAGAAUGACACAGAUAGUUUUACAUCAACCCCAGCCCCUACUAUGCCUACAGCGAGAGGUGGAUGUUUGGGAGGGUUUGUCAGAUCUACAUUCAAUAGUAAAUGUUAUGGAUUUUUCAAAACACAGAAAACUUGGAGCCAAGCAAAAGCAACUUGUGAAGCUUAUGGGAAGACUUACAGUUUGGUCACUAUACAGAGCCAAUUAGAACAAAUGUUUAUAAGCAGUAUGUUGUAUGAUAGCGAAGAGAUGGUCUGGAUAGGUAUGACAGAUGAACAUACCUACAGGAAGUAUUACUGGGACGAUGGUUCAGAAGUGACAUACACUAACUGGAACUCGGAGGAGCCUAAUGGGUAUAAUGAACAUUGUGUUGAUCUCUUUGUGAAUAGGGAGAAGUUUGGAGAAUGGAAUGAUGAGACCUGCAGUAAAUCUAGAUAUUACAUCUGUCAGGGGUUACAAAAUCCAAUAUUUCCUAUAGAUACUUCUGAAUCUGACUCAGAGUUCUGUCUACCAGGAUAUACAAAAUAUGAUCAAAUGUGUUAUAAAUUAUUAGAAGCAACUACUGAUUGGAAUACUUCAUUGUCAAAAUGUCAAGAAGAUGGAGGUAGUUUAGCAUCCAUACGUAAUCUUGCAGAGAAAAGUUUUGUUAGUUAUCUAACUUUUAAUAAGUCAUCACUACCAUUUUGGAUCGGCCUCAACAAUAUGGAUUCUAAGGAUGGUAUAACUUAUAAAUGGAUUAAUGGUUGGCCUGUUAUUUACACGAAUUGGAAUCCAGAUAAUUUGCCAAGUAAGCCUUGUAUAGCUGUCGGAGAAGAUUUCUGGGCAGAUAAAGAUUGUGAUACCAAACUUCCUGCUUUGUGUCAAAUCAAUAAAAUACCACCACCAACAGAAGCAGACCAGUUCAUUUGCAAGGACGGUGGUUAUGUAUUUGGUGACAGAUGCUUUUAUCCAAUUCUACAUAAUCCAUUGACAUGGGUCAAAGCAAAAGAAGAAUGUGAUAACAAAGGAUUAACAUUGACCAGCAUACAGAGCCUUGAUCAAAUCGAUUAUUUGAUUAAUCUGAUCCAAAAAUUGGCUACAAGCAGACUGAAGGUUUGGAUUGGAUUAAGCAAGCUGAAUAGAAAUUCUUAUUCCUGGUCUUGGGUAGAUUCAUCUCCAAAGACAUUUGAAAACUGGGCUAGUGGUGAGCCUUCGACAACAUGGCGUAGUACGACAGAGGAAUGUGUAGAAAUGAACCUGGAUGGGACAUGGAAUGAUAUCAAUUGUCAGAGAUAUGAAAGACCAUUUAUUUGUAGUAGUGACCGAGGCCAAACGUGUAGAAUGAAUCUAAUAGGAGCCAAUUAUAGAGGAAAUAUUAGUCAAACCAAAACAGGGAGAACAUGUCAGGCUUGGUCAUCACAAACCUUUCACAAACAUAAAUUUAGUGAUAAACUGGCUGACCAAAAGAACUACUGUCGUAAUCCAGAUAAUGAGCCAUUUGGUCCAUGGUGCUAUACAACUGAUGCCAAGAAAAGAUGGGAGUAUUGUGAUACACCUUAUUGUGAUGAAGCAGUAACACCACCAAUCACAACAAAAAAAGCAGUAACUACAGUUGCUAUGGAAACAACUGAAGCAACAAGUACAUACCUGCCAACAACCACAACACCACCUGUAGCAAAACCAAUAGACAAUGAAUUCAUCAGUCAAAAAAGAGUUUCAGGAGUAACCACUGGUUUAACGACAGGACAAAUAAUUGGAAUUCUAAUUGGUAUAUUGGGAUGUAUUGUAAUAGUGGCAGCCAUUUUAUUCAUCAUAAGAUUCAAUAGACAGAACGACAAUUACAAACCUAAAACUCACAGUUUUGCUAAUGCCUUAUAUCUUAAAACAUCAGAAGAGAUUAAUGAAGAUGAUCCGAAUGCUAUGGGUUCUACUGUAAAAAUAUGUGGAGCAGAUCCUUUGUGAUUUUUUGAGAUUACUACAUGUAUGC